AUGGAUUAUAGCCCAUUCUUCACGAAUCACUGGUCUCAACAGCAACCAUUACGCCGUCAAAAUACUAGUUCGCCUUCUGUCCGCGGCAUUCCUGUUCAUACGGCGGAGGAGCCGCCGAGGCCUGCUCAUCCGAUUCAACGCCUGCCGGUUAAAACUUCCUCUCAAAAGGUGGUUCAAAUCCCCGUACACUUUGUCGGAUCGGAGUCGACCCGCUCGGCUUCUGCUUUGAAGAUCCAGAAGAUUUUCAGGGGAUUUUUGGUCAGAAAAAGCGUGAAGAAGAUCAAGGAUGUCAAAAUCCAGGUUGAUGAAAUUGAAGAGAAGCUUUUGAAGAGUGAAGUUGUGGAUUUGGUUAAGAGAGAUGAAAAGGAGAGGUUGAAGAUGAAUGAGAGAUUGAUGGCUCUGCUUUUUAAGCUGGAUUCUGUUAGAGGUAUAGAUUUGGGUGUUAGGGAUUUGAGGAAGGCAGUGAUUCGAAAAGCUAUUGCGUUGCAGGAGAAAAUUGAUGCUGUUGCUUCCGUUAAUUCGGAAAGUGCUAGUGAAAUUGAUGAGCUAUCGGAGGCAACUGAUCAAGCAAUAGAAAUUGAUUCAGAGAAAUUGGGGAAUGGGAAUUCUGAUAAUUUUGACGUCCCCACAGAGAAUUCACCCAAAUCGUAUGAUUGUGCUGAAAAUUCAGAAGGUUUGGGGAAUUCAGCCGAAAAUUCAGAUAAUUUAAAUAUCCCCACAGAUCAUUCGGAUAAAUUGGAGGAUGUAAAUUCUGAAGAUCAGAUUCCCGAGUGUAUGUUUGAACAGAGUGUUGAAACAGAAGACAAGACUAUUGAAUAUGAGGAAAACUGCGGGGCAAUGGAGGUUGGAGUGGAUGAUGAGGUGAAGGUGGAUGAAGAAAAUGGUAAUGACGAUGAAGCCGAGGCGAAAGGGAAUGGAAAGCGGGAUCGAGAAUUGCUGGAGAAGAUGAUGGAGGAGAAUGAGAAAAUGAUGAAGAUGAUGACACAGUUAACUGAGAAGAACGAGAAGCAGACACAGAUGUUGAAUGCUCUAACGCGGAGAGUAGAACUGCUGGAGAAGGCAUUUGUGUGUGAUAUGAUAACAAGGAAGAAGAAGAAGAAGAGUGAACAUUCUGCUGGAAACAAGAGUUGCUUUGAUUCAAACUGA